GUCCAAAAAUGUAUCAAUUACGUUGUGUAAAACUGCAUUAAUUAACACAUCCUUCCCACAAUUAAAAAAAAAAAAAGUAAUUCUACUCCAGUUUGGGCUUCGACUCAAAUUAGCAACACUUAAUAAUAGCUUUACCUUUUCACAACCUUGACUCUUUCAACGAACAUUCUCGCCAUAAGCUCCUAACUAUCUCUCAUCCAGUGGAUCACAAACGCCAAAGAAAAACAGAGACAGAGCGAGAAACAAGACAGGAACAAAGAAAAUUAGAAACAAAAAAAAAAAAAACACAAGGUUCUUGAAAACAAGAGUAAAUGGCCAUGGCCUGGCUAAUAUGGCCGUUCCUACUAUUCCUAACAGCACUUCCCGCAAAUUCAAUAACUGAAUCAGAAUCAUUGUUGAAGUUCAAGCAGUCAUUAAACUACGCCACGCCUCUCGAUUCUUGGACACCAGAUUCAGACCCUUGUGGAGGAGUGCAACUAUGGGUCGGAAUACUCUGCAACAAAAACUCAGUCUUUGGCUUACGGCUCGAACAGAUGGGUCUCUCAGGAACCAUCGACGUUGCCUCCUUAAUGGACUUACCAGCGUUACGCACCUUAAGCAUAAUGAACAACUCCUUCUCCGGUGAUAUACCCGAAUUUAACCGGUUAACCGGUCUGAAAUCUAUUUAUUUAUCGGGUAACCGGUUCUCUGGUAGCAUCCCUUCCAACUAUUUCUCAACAAUGGUUUCUCUGAAGAAAGUUUGGCUCUCAAACAACGAGUUCUCUGGUCUCAUUCCUCUCUCGUUGGCCACUAAGUUGCCUAAUCUAAUAACGUUACACCUCGAAAACAAUCAGUUCAUUGGGAAUAUACCGAACUUCACCCAACCGAGUUUAGUUGAUGUUGAUCUCUCAAACAACAGACUAAACGGAGGAAUACCAUCCGGUUUGUCGAAAUUCGACGUGUGGAUUUUCGCGGGGAAUCCUGGCCUUUGCGGUGAGCAGCUAGCAACUACAUGCACGCAGCCGAAAGAUGCGACUGCAUCGAUUUUAAUAGACGGGACAAUGAAAGAUGCCUAUAAGACCAAAUACUAUAUAGCAUUUGGUACACUAGGGUUCCUUUUAGUGGUUACCAUCAUCUCCUUGUUCUUCAAGAAGAAGAAAAAGAGGAGAAAGAGGAGGAAGAGGACGCGUCGUGCCUCUGAACAAGAAAGCAACGACGACCAACAAAUCCAGGUAAUAGUUGACGGAUCAAGAACUGGUGGCUCGAGGCAGAGUAAGAGCAGUCGCUCCGGCGAGCUGAGUGAUAGAUCAACAGGUUUGACGGGGACGGCGGAUUUGGUGAUGGUGAACAAAGAAAAGGGUGUUUUCCGUUUAUCAGACUUGAUGAAAGCAGAGGCUCACGUUCUCGGAGACUCUGGUGGCGGUGGCAGCCGGCCUAGCAGCAGCGGAAGCGUGGGAUCUGCGUACAAGGCAGUGAUCGAGAGCGGUGUCACGGUGGUGGUGAAGCGUGUGACGGUGAUGAAUCAAGUGAGUUUAGACGUGUUCGACAAGGAGAUUAAAAACUUAGGAAGCUUGCGACACAAGAAUGCAUUAACACCUCUUGCUUACCAUUUCCGACAAGACGAGAAACUGCUUGUGUCUGAAUACGUCCCCAACUUGAGUCUUCUUCACCGGCUACACGGCGAUCCCGGGGAGGCUUCUCGGUUAGAUUGGCCUUCACGGUUUAAAAUCAUCCUAGGAAUCGCGAGAGGGAUGUGUUACCUCCACAAGGAGUUAGGGUUUCUAAGCUUACCUCACGGAAACCUAAAGUCGAGUAAUAUAUUCCUAGCCGACGACGGCGAGCCACUCAUCUCCGAGUUCGGACUACAGAGACUGAUUAACCUCGACGAUCAAGUUCAAUCUCUAGUAGCGUAUAGCUCUCCCGAUGAAACCGUCUCUUCGAAGUCUGAUGUGUUUAGUUUCGGGGUCGUGGUGUUAGAGAUCUUGACGGGGAAGUUUCCGUCGCAAUACGCCGGAUUGAAUAGAGCUGGCGGGACGAAUGUGGUGGAGUGGAUUGGCUCAGCCGUGGAAAAAGGUGAGUGGAUGGAUCUGCUUCAUCAUACGGUCGUAGCCGCCGCUGCUGAUGAUGAAACGUCGUCGGAGGAGAUAGAGAAUGUUUUACGGAUUGGUGUGAGGUGCACUGGAGAUGAUCCAGAUCGGCGGCCUAGUAUGGGUGAAGUUGUUGACGAACUAACGAUGGAAGAUUCUAGCGACGACUUCAUCACCAUAGAAACUUAGCUUCACUUUUACUUUUGAGAUCCGAUGAGUUCCAACCGUUAGAUUCGUGCAUAUUCACCAUUUUUGUAUUAAUUAUGAUUUUUCCCCCUUUUUUUUUUUUUUUUUUUUUGGGACAACUCCCUUUUUAAAUUUGUAUAUGAUUCAAAAAUUAGUCGAGGUGAAUACAAAGGUUUCUUUUAACGUUUUGGGCAUUUAUUGUUUUCGCAGUUUUAUUACCACUUGCAAACUUUGGUCUUAGAGAUGUGGAAGAUGUCAACAUGUUAACCAUGUUGAUGUAAAUCGAAUCAAGGUUGGGCAUAGCCUACUUUAAAGACCACACUAAAGCAACAACUAUUUGAGGAAAUGUUUACCCUAAAAAAAAAAUUAUUUGAGGAAAUCACAAAUAAGCUGCCUUUGCUUUGGAGCAGUCAAAAAGACGGUUUGUAUGCUAGUCCUAAUGGUGUGAUACUGCUUUGGCAAGAUGCAAGAGCAUAUGUAAGGUCAAUGGCUAAGAAAGGAACCCGCAAGAGAAGCCCUAAGAGUUGUGUUUAUUACAUAUUGAUGCUUAUAAGGUAAGAGAGCGAGUUAAAGAAUCAUAUUUUAUAUGAUUGAUAGAAAGCUAAAGAGAUAAUAGUAUUGAGAGUAUAAGCUUUGUAAACAGCAUGGGAUGCCCGCUCUGGUAUGUGCGGGCUGGGAGGUCUCUUCUCUGGCUCUCCCACCCUGACUCGUCUCCCCUGGAUCUCCGCCACUCGGAGCCUUGUAUCAUUUGCGUUGAUGGCUGAGGCCCUUGCAAUUCGUCUGGCAGUUAUGACUGCGGCUUUCUCGAACAUUAAAACCCUUGCGAUCAUGUCUGAUUCUCUUACUCUCAUCAAGAUGCUGAAACAGAAGGAAUCAAGGCCGGCUCUGUAUAGGAUUUUGUUCGAUAUCUAUCAUUUUAGCACCUACUUUAAUGUAAUCUCCUUUCAUUUUAUUCCUCGCUUGCAAAACUCUGAAGCUGAUUCAGUUGCUAAGUUGGCUCUUGCCAGCUCUGUUGUAUCAGUCUCCUCUAAUGGAGCGUAAAACCUUUAAUAAUGAAUGAAGUACUCUUUGACCAAAAAAAAAAAGCUUUGUGAACAGCUAGUACUCACAAGGUAGAAGUUAAGUAUACAAUGAAUGCUAGUGAAAGGCAUUAGCGUAGAAUAUAUGUAAUUUCUUCUUGAAAACUCUGUUAUGAAUCUAGUUGAUUCCGGGUUGCCGACUCGAUCAAAUGUAGCUUCCUUAUUAACAUAUGAGUGAACUGGAUAAGUUUUUGUGCUCCUUUUUCUUGUUUCUCAUAUCUUCUUGCAAAGCUUCCAUUUUUCAGUCUUCUUUACUCUGUUCUUGACUCUUGAGUAAGCCGUUUUGUCAAACCUUCAUCAUCUCUUGUUAUUGUUUCUUCUCUUGAGGGA